AUCAUUUUGUGUCAGAAUGUUCAUGUCUAGUCUCUGAUCUUUUUUUUAAAGGAAAGAAAUAUUUUAAAAGGUUUUUGCUUAAUUAUAAGGUUUCUUGGGAAUGGUAUUUAAGUAAGAAAAAGAUUGCAUGUUUAGCAGUUACACUAGUCAUUGUUGUAAAGGUUGAAGGUUGCUUUGUCCAUAAUGCAAACGUUGAUUGCAUGGGUGGUUUGCGCACUGGUAGCCAGUGUGGUGAGCCAAGAGGUUCUACAGAAUGGAGGGUUCGAAUCUCUCGACCACUGGGACUGCUGUAGUCCUGUUCAGUGCAAAAUCGUGACUGUCAGCCAUUCUGGUGCUGGUGCUAUGGAGGUACAAAACAGAAAGAAAUACUGGCAAGGGCCGUCACAAUAUAUCAACGUGACACGAGGGACUGGCUACGAGGUGAGCGCCCACAUCAAACUACAGAAUGACCGGGGUAUCGGACACAGAGUUGAGCUGCAGGUGGAGUUUGAGAUGACAGACGGAACUCACGAGUACAAGAGAGCAGCUAGCCAAGAGGAAACUAGAGUUAAAGACGGAUGGGUUCAUCUGAUCGGCUUGUUUUAUGUUCCAAAUAAAGAUGUCAGGCUGACCAGAAUCCACUAUCAAGGACCAGAGGAGGGCAUCAGUUUUGUCGUCGACGACGCUUCAGUCAAGCGCAUGCCCGCGGGUGCUGCUGCUGCUGAUGUGAGCAGCGAGAUCGACAGACUGAGAAGAAGCAACAUAGUCGUUACAGCUGGUGGUAACAACCACGGUGAAGUAAACAUACGGGUGGUACAAAAGAAGAAGUCGUUCCCGUUCGGAACCGCUGUGGCCGCCUGGGCCUACAACAAUGAUUCCAAGACAAAAUACCGGGAUUUCAUCCACCAGCACUACAACUGGGCGGUGCCAGAAAACGAACUCAAGUGGCGCACCAUCGAACCUACCAGGGGACAUAAGAAUUAUCAGCCUGCCCUGAACAUGAUUCACGGACUGAAAAGUCACGGGAUUAAGGUGAGAGGUCACAACCUGGUGUGGUCUGUCAACUCAACGGUGCAGAGCUGGAUCAAGGCUCUUCAUGGGGAUGAGCUGCGAAAGGUUGUCCAUGACCACAUUGUGGAAACCGUCAACACAUUUAAGGGCUUAGUGGAGCACUGGGACGUGAACAACGAGAACCUGCAUGGCCAGUGGUACCAGCAACAACUGAAUGACCCGAACUACAACCUGGAACUGUUCCGUAUCGCACACGCCGCCGACCCCAACGUCAAACUCUUCCUCAACGACUACAACGUUGUGGCUUACGGUGCCGCAACCAAUGCCUAUCUUCAGCAAGGUCAACAGUUUAAGGCCGCUAAUGUGAGUCUUUACGGUUUGGGUGCCCAGUGCCACUUUGCCGAUGAAGCUAACCCAAACGUCGCUGGGAUGAAGCAACAUCUGGAUACUUUAGCUCAAGUGGGGUUGCCCAUCUGGGCCACCGAGUUGGGUGUAGCUACGGACGAGAACAAACGAGCGGACUUCUACGAGCACGCGCUGACAGCCCUGUACAGCCAUCAUGCCGUGGAGGGCAUCCUCAUGUGGGGCUUCUGGGACAAGGCCCACUGGCGGCAUGAAAGAGCUGCUCUUGUUGUCGGAGACAACCUGCAGCUGACGGCGGCCGGACGUCGCGUGCUGGAGCUCUAUGAGCACAGGUGGAUGACGGACGAGACGCACAACCUGGCAGCGGGCACCCAGUUCACAGUACGCGGUUUCCAUGGCGACUACGAGGUGCACGUGAUCUACCAAGGUCAGGAGCGCACCAACCUGAAGCAGACGUUCACGUUGGGCAACGCAGCCCACACCGUCAACAUCAACAUUAGCUAGAGCGACACUCGUGGGCAAUAAAGUUGAACUUAAUCUGUGGA